UCUCGUUGGUUCCCGGGUGCCAUGAGGAAGCCUCGCCGGAAGUCACGGCAGAAAGCCGAGGGGCCGCGCGGCCGGCGCUCCCCAUCCCCCUAUAGUCUGAAGUGCUCACCCACUCGGGAGACCCUGACAUAUGCCCAGGCCCAACGGAUCGUCGAGGUGGACAUUGAUGGACGUCUGCAUCGUAUUAGCAUCUAUGACCCGCUCAAGAUCAUCACAGAGGAUGAGUUGACCGCCCAGGAUAUCACCGAAUGCAAUAGUAACAAGGAAAACAGUGAGCAGCCUCAGUUCCCUGUCAAGUCCAAAAAACCCUCAUCCAAGGGCAAGAAGAAGGAGUCCUGCUCCAAGCAUGCAUCCGGCACUUCCUUCCACCUCCCACAACCCAGCUUCCGCAUGGUGGACUCAGGCAGUCAACCAGAAGCACCCCCGCUGCCUGCUGCCUACUACCGCUACAUUGAGAAGCCACCUGAAGACCUGGAUGCAGAAGUAGAGUACGACAUGGAUGAGGAGGACCUUGCCUGGCUGGACAUGGUAAAUGAGAAGCGGCGAGUAGAUGGUCACAGUUUGGUGUCGGCAGAUACCUUUGAGCUGCUGGUGGACCGUCUUGAGAAGGAGUCAUACUUGGAGAGUCGAAGCAGUGGGGCCCAACAGUCACUCAUUGACGAAGAUGCUUUCUGCUGCGUAUGCCUGGAUGACGAAUGCCACAACAGCAACGUCAUUCUCUUCUGUGACAUCUGCAACCUGGCUGUACACCAGGAGUGCUAUGGCGUCCCUUACAUCCCCGAGGGCCAGUGGCUAUGCCGCUGCUGCCUACAGUCUCCCUCCCGGCCUGUGGAUUGCGUUCUCUGCCCCAACAAGGGUGGCGCCUUCAAACAGACCAGCGAUGGGCACUGGGCCCACGUGGUGUGUGCCAUCUGGAUCCCUGAAGUCUGCUUUGCUAACACCGUGUUCCUGGAGCCUAUUGAGGGCAUCGACAACAUCCCACCUGCCCGCUGGAAACUAACCUGCUAUAUCUGCAAGCAGAAGGGGCUGGGUGCAGCCAUCCAGUGCCAUAAGGUGAACUGCUACACGGCCUUCCAUGUGACGUGUGCACAGCGGGCUGGGCUCUUCAUGAAGAUUGAGCCUAUGCGUGAGACCAGCCUCAAUGGCACCAUCUUCACAGUGCGCAAGACCGCCUACUGUGAGGCCCACUCACCGCCAGGUGCUGCCACUGCUAGGAGGAAGGGCGACUCCCCAGGAAGUCUCAGUGAGGCUGGGGACGAAGAAGGGCUGAAGGAGGGCUGUGGGGUGGAGGAAGAGAAGGAAGAGGUAGAAGAGGAGGAGGAAGAUGAAGGCCAAGGUGGGGUAGGUGGCCCCCUCAAGGGAGUGUCCAAGAAGAACAAGAUGACUUUGAAGCAAAGGAUCAAGAAGGAGCCAGAGGAAGUGGGCCGAGACACACCCUCCACUGUCCCCAUGGUCACUGUCCCACAGAUACCCUCUUACAGGUUGAACAAGAUCUGUAGUGGUCUCUCCUUUCAGAGGAAAAACCAGUUCAUGCAGCGGCUUCACAACUACUGGCUGUUGAAGCGGCAGGCACGGAACGGUGUCCCCCUCAUACGGCGCCUGCACUCCCACCUGCAGUCCCAAAGGAAUGCUGAGCAGCGGGAGCAGGAUGAGAAGACAAAUGCAGUGAAGGAAGAGCUGAAAUACUGGCAGAAGCUCCGGCACGACUUGGAGCGGGCACGGCUGCUGAUUGAGCUGAUUCGGAAAAGAGAAAAGCUCAAGCGGGAGCAGGUCAAGGUCCAGCAGGCCGCCAUGGAACUGGAGCUUAUGCCGUUCAAUGUUCUGCUGAGGACAACACUGGACUUGCUGCAGGAGAAGGAUCCUGCACACAUCUUUGCCGAGCCUGUCAACCUGAGUGAGGUUCCAGAUUACCUGGAAUUCAUAUCCAAGCCAAUGGAUUUUUCUACUAUGAGGCGGAAGCUGGAGUCCCACCUGUACGGCACCUUGGAGGAGUUUGAGGAGGACUUUAACCUUAUAGUUACCAACUGCAUGAAGUAUAAUGCUAAAGACACAAUUUUCCACCGAGCAGCUGUCCGCCUGCGGGACCUGGGAGGGGCCAUCCUGCGGCACGCCCGGCGGCAGGCAGAGAACAUCGGCUAUGACCCCGAGAGGGGCACCCACCUGCCCGAGUCACCCAAAUUGGAGGACUUUUACCGCUUCUCCUGGGAAGACGUGGACAACAUCCUCAUCCCAGAGAACCGGGCCCACUUGUCCCCAGAGGUGCAGCUGAAGGAGCUGCUGGAAAAACUGGACCUGGUGAGUGCCAUGCGGUCCAGUGGGGCCCGGACCCGCCGUGUCCGCCUGCUACGCCGGGAGAUCAAUGCCCUUCGGCAGAAGCUGGCGCAGCCGCCCCCACCGCAGCUGGCAUCGCUAAACAAGACUGUGUCCAAUGGGGAGCUGCCAGCAGGGCCCCGGGGGGAUGUGGCUGUGCUGGAGCAGGCCCCACAGGAGGAGCCAGAAGACGAUGGGGACAGAGAUGACUCCAAAAUGCCUCCCCCACCAACCCUGGAGCCUACUGGGCCUGCGCCUUCCUUGUCUGAGCAAGAAUCCCCUCCGGAUCCCCCCACUCUGAAACCCAUCAAUGAUAGCAAACCUCCAAGCCGAUUCCCAAAGCCAAGAAAAGUGGAAGAAGAUGAGCUUUUGGAAAAAUCACCUCUGCAGCUAGGGAGCGAGCCCUUGCAACGCCUGCUCAGUGACAAUGGCAUUAAUAGAGUGUCCCUCAUGACCCCCAAUACAUCCCCCGCAGGCGCCCCACUCAGUGGCGUGGGCCGUCGCACAUCAGUCCUCUUCAAGAAGGCCAAGAAUGGGGUUAAACUACAGAGGAGCCCAGACAGGGCCCUGGAGAACGGCGAGGACCAUGGUGCAGUGGGCUCUCCUGCGUCUCCCACCAGCAUCGAGGAUGAACAGCACUCCCGGAAGCGGCCGAGGAGCAGGAGCUGUAGUGAGAGCGAAGGGGAGAGGUCCCCCCAGCAGGAGGAAGAGACAGGUGUGACCAACGGCUUUGGAAAACACACUGAAAGCGGGUCUGACUCAGAAUGUAGUUUGGGUCUCAGUGGUGGACUGGCAUUUGAAGCUUGCAGUGGUCUGACACCCCCCAAACGCAGCCGAGGGAAGCCAGCCCUGUCUCGAGUGCCCUUCCUGGAAGGUGUGAACGGAGACUCUGACUACAGCGGCUCAGGCAGAAGCCUCCUGAUGCCCUUUGAAGACCGUGGAGACCUGGAGCCCCUGGAGCUGGUGUGGGCCAAGUGCCGAGGUUAUCCCUCCUACCCCGCCUUGAUCAUCGAUCCCAAGAUGCCCCGGGAGGGCCUUCUGCACAAUGGCGUCCCCAUCCCCGUCCCCCCACUGGAUGUGCUGAAGCUGGGAGAGCAGAAACAGGCCGAGGCUGGAGAGAAGCUCUUCCUUGUCCUCUUCUUUGACAACAAACGCACCUGGCAGUGGCUUCCGAGGGACAAAGUCCUGCCCCUGGGUGUGGAAGACACUGUGGACAAGCUCAAGAUGCUGGAAGGCCGCAAGACCAGCAUCCGCAAGUCAGUGCAGGUGGCCUACGACCGUGCGAUGAUCCACCUGAGCCGAGUGCGGGGACCCCACUCCUUUGUCACCUCCAGCUACCUGUAA